CUGAGAUAAUUAUCACUUUAUUUGGAGGACGUGGCAAAUACUAGUUAAGACUUUACAUCGGCAAGGAGAUUUGCAAGAAUGCAAACUUCCGUUGGCAAUAUGUCUCGACCCAUGUUGUCCGGCCAGCGUUUUGGUUUAUUCAUUUUACCGAGACACGCUUGCAAACCCUGCAAGAGUGCUGCCGUGGCCUCCGCAAUCCAAGUGGCGCCGGAGGAUAAGUGGCUGGCGCGGACUGUAAAAGAUGUUGCCACGCCACCCGGCCUGGUCACGUUACGCGAAGCGUCCACUGGCGCCCUUGCUACGCUGCGUAUGCCUACUACACGCAAUGAGGAGUACCGGUUUACAGAUAUAUCUCCUCUCCUCAAGACUGCCGUUGAGCCUGCCGCUCCCGGGGCGGUAGUGACCUCGGAGCUGUUGCAGCGGACCGACCUACCGGACGCCGCUGUGGUGGCGGUGGUGGUGGACGGCGUGCUGCGGUCGGAGCUCUGCCGCGGGCUGGCGGACCUGCCAAAGGGCGUGUACGUGGGGCCGCUGGAGGGCGCCUCAGCGGCCGUGGUGGAGAAACUGGGCUCGCUGUCCAACUCCCGGGGGGGUCCCUUCGCGGUUCUGAACGGCUCGCUCACCCCGGGGGUGCUGGUGGUGGCUGCGGAGCCAGGGGCCAGCCUGCCGGGGCCUGUGUUUGUUUUGCACGUGGCAUCGGCUUCGUCCGCUGCCGCUAUCGCCAAUGCUAAUGCGCCGCGAUUGCUCGUCCACGCUGGCGUUGGCUCGUUGGUUGAGGUGGUUGAGGAGUACGUGGGCCUGGAGGACUCCACCACUGCCUCCGCGGCGGCCUCUGCUUCCUCGGAUCAUGGUCACUAUCUGACUGUGAGCAUGGCGGAGCUAUUUCUGGAACCGGCUGCCGAAGUCAAGCACUCGUACGUGCAGCGGGAAGCCGCCGGCAGCUUCCACUUCAAGGGCACACUGGUGCACCAGGCGGAGCGAUCUCGAUACACGGUGACGGAGGCGAGUGUGGGGGCCGCCAUCGCCCGCCACGACCUCACCAUCCUGCAGGGCGGCCCGGAGACCCACACCGAGAUGGGUCACUUCCUGCUGUGCGGCCCCAACCAGCUGCACGAUCUGCACUCCCGCCUGCAGCUGGACCACCCGCACGGUACUGCCAACCAGCUGCACAAGUGCAUCGUCAGCCAUGCCAGCGGCAGGGGCGUCUUUGACGGCAAUGUUAAGGUGAACCGCGCCGCCCAGAAGACCGACGCGGGUCAGCUGAGCCGCAACCUGCUGCUGGUGCCCCUGGCCACCGUCAACGUGAAGCCCAACCUGCAAAUCAUCGCUGACGAUGUCAAGUGCACACACGGUUGCGCGGUAUCAGAUUUGCGGGAUGAGGAGCUGUUCUAUUUCAGGGCCCGCGGAAUCAGUGCGGAGGCGGCCCGUCAGGCGCUGGUGUUUUCAUUUGGGUCGGAGGUGGUGCAGCGCAUGGGCCGGCAGGCGCUGGCCAAGCGCGUGCAGGAGGACGUGUCGCGGACGCUGCGCAGCGUGGAGCAGUUUGCCGGUGCCGCCUGAGGUUCGUUGCGGAGCUUGGUUGCUUGGAGGCGGCGUGAAGCACGUCUCUCCUGGGGGUACCUCUCGGGGGUUGGAGGCAGAGUGGGGCUGCGGAGAGGGGGUGGCUUGCAGCGAGAGCAAGUACUGGUGAUGGGUACGAGGGGCUGGCACAGCGCAAGGGGCCCUGUGCGGCAUGUGGCUAACAUGAAUGAGACACGGGGGCUUGGGGAACGCAAAGGGUGAAUGAGGUGUUAUGAAACAUGCAACAUUAACAUGAG